GAACGUCUGUUUCUAUUUGGCGUACGAUUUAUACGCAGAAAUCGACUUUGGCGUGGUGCAUAUGAUAAGCAAUCAAUGCUUGAAGUAGAAAAAAAGAAGUGUAGAAUUGGUAAAAUAUCUCAGUUGUGAUUUCCAAAAUAGCGGUCCUAAAGGGGGCUUUAAUUGUGAAGAGGGAAAAGCGAAUGGGGGCGGUGUGGACCGGGGAAGAGCGAGUACGACAUUGUGGCAGAAGUUAUCUGAAGAUCUCGAAGCAAUACGAUGCAGGAAAGCCUCGUGGAGACAUGUAGACAUCAACUACGCUGAACACGAGCAGACAAACGUCCAGAAAGAGCGCUGGGCGUGUUCAUGUUUUGAUGUGCUGCGGAGGCUCGAGUCUCAGGGGUUUGUUCAACAUUGCUCCUGACGCGACGCGGCGGGGGAACCGCACAACUGAGUAAUGCUUUCAUUUUUCCAGCGAGAAGAUGGAUGAAAAAUCCUACUACAGCCGGCUCCUCGUCGCACUCCUGAUGGUCCUGUGUUUCGGCGUCAUUGUAUUACAAUACGUCUGCCCUACGUCCGAUUGCCAGUUGCUCCACCUGGCAUCAUUGUCCUCGAGACUAGGGAGUCGCGCACGCGGGGAUCGCAUGAGCGGAGCCGGCGCGGGAGAUCCGUACAGCUCCGAGGACGGUGCUUUGGUUCGAUUCGUGCCUCGCUUUAAUUUCACCACCAAAGACCUAGAUCGCGCUGUCGAUUUCAACAUCAAGGGGGACGAUGUUAUAGUGUUCCUCCACAUUCAGAAAACCGGGGGGACCACGUUCGGCCGUCACCUUGUCCGCAACAUCCAGCUGGAGAGGCCUUGCGAGUGCCAUGCGGGCCAGAAGAAGUGUACCUGUUACCGGCCAGGCAAACGGGACACCUGGCUGUUCUCCCGGUUCUCCACCGGCUGGAGCUGCGGGCUGCACGCGGACUGGACUGAGCUCACCAGCUGCGUGCCUUCCUUCAUGGGCAACCGGGAGUCUCAGGAGAGGCGCAGGACUCCCAGUAGGAACUACUACUACAUCACGAUUUUGAGGGAUCCGGUGUGGCGGUAUCUGAGCGAAUGGAGGCACGUUCAGCGCGGUGCCACCUGGAAGGCCUCUAAACACAUGUGUGAUGGCCAUUUACCCACCCUGUCCGAGCUGCCCAGCUGUUACAAUGGUGACGACUGGUCGGGUUGUUCGUUAGAGGAAUUCAUGGCUUGUUCUUACAACCUGGCCAACAACAGACAGACCCGUAUGCUGGCCGACCUCAGCCUGGUGGGCUGCUAUAAUCUCUCCAUCAUGAGUGAGAGCCAGCGCUGGGCCAUGCUAUUGGAAAGUGCCAAACGCAACUUGCGAAACAUGGCCUUUUUUGGUCUGACCGAAUAUCAGCGUAAGACGCAGUACCUCUUCGAGCACACGUUCCGCCUGUCCUUCAUUGCACCGUUCACGCAGCUCAAUGGCACGCGUGCUGCGAGCGUAGAGGUGGAACCAGAGACCCAGCGCAGGAUUCGAGAGCUUAACCAGUGGGACGUAGAGCUGUACUUAUACGCACGGGACCUUUUCCUCCAGCGCUUCCAGUACGCCAGACAGCAGGAGCGCAGGGAGGCCCGGCAGCGACGCCUGCAGGAGAGGCGCAGGUUACGUGCCAAGGUGAAGCCUUGGUGGGGGGUGACUGGAAAAGCUGUUUUUAAACCCACCAAGGAGCCACCAAUGACAGAACAAUCUCCCAUUUUUUCGGAAGAAAAACAAGCAGAUGCUGGACAAACGCUGAUGAGCGAGACAGAAGGACAGGUAGAGGACAACUGGUUAGAGGAGGAUGACAGCGAAACCAUAUUGGACUAUUUAGAAAACGUAGAGCAGUGGCGGUAGCCACCGGCUAUUUGGGAAGAAUUUGGGAACUC